CAAUAUGGCACGUCUGAGGCAAGCAGUGUCCACUGUAACUUAAGAAUCCCCUGGAGCCGAUCAGUGGACCCCAGGUCAGGAACCCCUGCUGCAGAGCAUUGGCAGUGAUGAUUUAGUGCACACCUGACAUGUUCACCGCCAGGAGGGGACAUGCAGGUUUUCUGUCACAAUGCACGAGCUCUUCACACAAGUUCUCUCACACAAGGAUCUAUCAAAGGCUGGGGACUUGUUCAAUGUGCCGGACCAUGUUAUAGUGAACGACCUGACAGAUGUGGUCAACAAGAUCCUGGAAAUAGCGAGCUUACCCGAAUACACACGAAAUGACAACGACCAGAGUGUUGUGGAGAUAUGCAUCACCAGGGUCACCUCAGCCAUCAGGGAGACAGGCAGCAUUGAGCAACAUGCUGCAGCCCUGGUGGCUCUGCUGCAGACCUGUCUCAACCACAACCUGCGACCGUCUUCCCAAGACCACGACCCUCCGCAUGCCAAGAUAGCCUCCGAUGUAGUCUCUUGCAUAUUCCUGAACUACCACAAGCGGGAGGUGAUGGCUCUGGCACUCCCCGUGGCAGUCAAGUUCCUGCACAAAGGGAACCGUGAGCUGAGCCGCAACAUGAGCUCCUACCUCUCCCUUGCAGCCAUUGAAGCAGCUGAUCUCUUAGCCUUACACAUCCAGCCCAUCAUUGACUCUGUGAUAUCCGGCAACUACUCCCUAUCCCGGGUGCUGCCUCAGAUCUAUGCAGUGAAGAAGGAACCAAUUCAUGAUCAUGUGAUGACACUGGUGUCCCUCCUGCCUCAGUGUGACACCAAUGAGAAGCUGGGCCUCCUUAUGCUCUUCACUCUGGUGGCCAAGAAUAGGCCUGCGUUGCUGGAGCCUUCAUUGCCACAGCUAGUGGAGUGCCUGAGCCUGAGUGGCACCUCCCUGGCCACACUGCAGAUAUUUGUGGAGCUGUGUGCCUGGCGUCCUCACCCUUUCUCUGAGCACAUCAACAGACUCAAGAGCAUUGUGGAGCAGCAGCCUCACUGUUUAGCCUUUGCACUUCAGGUGAUGGCAGCUGUGGGUCGCAUCAGUAAGGACAAAGGCAAGAGUUCCCUGGAUUACAUUGCACAGCAACUCCCUAAAGUGGACUCCAGCAGCCUGGGUGUGGUGUUACGUGAGGUGCAGGUGUUGUGCAGCCAGUACCCGUCACUGCUGGUGGAGUCUGAGUCCCUCCUCCAGGCAGUGAACAAGUGCAUGGACCGCUCCAAUGCCUCAGCCAGGGUGUACAUCCAACAGCUCAACAAUGAGUACAAUGAAAUCAGGAAGACCAAUGUCAACCACACUCCAGGUGGGGUGACCAUCGUGCGUGUGGGUGGCAGCAGUGGGCGGCCUGAGGGUGUGAUAGGGACAAGCCGCACUGACCUCAGCCUGGCUUCACGUGACUUGAGUAUCUUCCAGCCACACUCCUCCGUGGUGAGUGGUGGUCCCAGCAAGUUUGGCCACAAGUACCAGAAGCACAGCGACACCUCCAGGAGCACCAGCCGCCUUGUCACCGCCUCAAACAGGUCCAUGCCGCGGCUAAAUGCACUCCCUCAGAGCACAGGACGUCUCGGGUCAUCCUCCAUUCAACUCAACAAGUCCAUGACCCGCCUCAGCUCCUCCCAAGGCAUGCACAUCAACCGCUCCAUCACCGUCCUCACCCCGCCCUCAAGACACCUCUCGGGACACCUGGGACCCAGCUCGGGACACCUGGGGCAUGGCUCAGUCCCAGGCCACCACCUGAGUGGGUCACAAGUGGGAGGGUCACAGAUAGGAGUCUCCAGGCUGGUAUCAAGUCCACCUCCUUCAGUAGGGAUACAUCUGACUGCUGUGUCCCCCCUCCCAGGAACAGUCAGCCCAACCAAGAGUAUGAGUUCCUCCCUUGCCACACUGCGGGAAGGGACAGGGGAGCUGGGGGCGUCCUCCACCGUGCUUGUGGGCCCUCACCAGUCCCAGGCCACUCUCCCUGACCUACCAAGCCCCACCACCACUGCCACCCCUGGCCACCACACUCUCUCCCUCCCACUACAUCUGUCUUCCAGGGAACUAGUGACCGUGUCAGGUGUCGGAGGAGUUGUGCCUCACCUCAGGCAUUCCCAGUCACCACUAUCCCUCCCUCUCGCCACUGCUUGUGUCACCACCACAGUCACCACCACAACCACUACGUUUCACUCCCCUUCUGUUAUAGGAAGCAAGAGACCACUAAGUGACACAUGGUUCAUGGCUUCAGGGAGCAGCAACACCAGUGGCCAUGCUGUGACCACCAGAUCCAACACCACUCUCACCCACAUCACCCAUGACCCUACCACCACCACCACCAAUGCAUGUACUCAGAGAAUUAGUGUGUUUGAGCCAUUUGCCAUGAGGGACACAGUGCAGCAUUUCUGUGAGAAGCACCUGGACAAGAUCAAAGCCUACAUGCAGAAGGUGUUUGUCAAGCUGCCUCUGCCUGUCCGGUGUGGCAUUGAAGAACGCAAGAAUAAGAAGCAUGCCAAGCUGUACUUUGCCUGCCAGGGGAAGGGAGAGCAUUGUCUGUACAACAAACACUUCUUUACCAUGAAGACAAGGAACCCCAGGAUAUGGAUUCACCUCAUGUUCCUUGCUCUUCAGGCUAGGUCGUGUGUGGCUUUGAGCACCCGUGAAAUGCAAGUCAGCAGUCUCAAGAACUGCUGGGACAUCCUUAAGUGUGAUACCAAGACCUUUGUCACGCUGGUCACUUCGGCUUUCCCCUCCGCAAAGGAUAUGGACAUGCUGCUUCACGAGCUGCGCAAUGCUCGCUUCUUUGAUGUGUUUGAGUACAAUGGGGUGGAGCAGCAGUGGGGGUGCUUCCUCUGCAACCACCCAGACCGUGCCAGGGGCUUUGUUGAUGAGGACACGCCUGUCAUUGAGGGUCAGCUGAAGGAAAAGAAGAGCAAGUGGAAGAUUUUCCGUAAAUGGCGUACAAGAUACUUCACUCUCUCAGGCGCCCACCUCUCCUACAGGGGGGCUGGCUCAGAACAGGACAAGUUGGAGGAGAAAGGUGGCAUUGAUGUCCACCAGAUCCGCAGUGUGAAGGUCAACAGAGGCGGCAGCAGACACAUCCCCAAGGCUUUUGAGAUAUUCACUGACAACAAGUCUUUUGUUUUGAAGGCAAAGGACUCAAGCAAUGCGGAAGAAUGGGUGCGCUGCCUCUCCAUCGUGGUGGCUCACUCACAAGCCCGGGAGGAACAGAAUCUGGGGCCUCUCAAGGCUACCACCUCCAUCCCACGCAGCUUCAUGUACGGCUACCAUGCCUCCAACACGCGCACGGCAGUGUAAGGCGCCUGUCACGUUAGGUUACCUUUCGUAUGGGUCGUAUAGAGUAGGGAUAGGGUAGUACUUUUUGUUGGUCAGGUAGGGUGGCUUUAGUGUAUGAAUGUGCAUGUGUGUGUGUUCUUUCAUAAUACAUGAAAGUUUGAUACCUGAGGAAUGAUUAAUGUUAAAUAUUACAGAUUGUAGAGUACACAACUAUUUGAAAAGUCAUAUUGAAUGGUUUAUAUAGAUUCUAUUUAUGUAAUAUAUUUUCAUUGUUUCCACAAGUGUGAUGAAAAUGCCUUACUGUAGCAACAUGUCAGGGUAUGUAAGUGUCUUAAAGCUUCCUUCAUUAACUGCUGUAUUUUGGGCUUAUAUCUAAAGUGGAUAUAUGUAACAUGUCUUCUAAGGAUCAUUAUGUGUUCACUAUCAUGUAUCCAGUGGAGAAAUUGUCUCUUGGAAUGAUUUUCAGACGGAAAGUGAUACAUAUAUACAUAUAUAUAAAAUCAAACUGAAUUGGUCAUCCAAAGACAUCCAUUGUGUGCCUUUCUUAUUGUGUUUUAUGAGCAGGCCAAUUUAGCACUCAUUAAUUGUGCAAUACAUCCUUGAUUGUUACCUCAAGCAGUAGAUUAGCUAUUUUUUUUUUUUUAUAAAUAAGUGUAAGGAAAAUUUAUUAUAUCACUAUUUUUAUAUUUGUGGUGAAGUAAGAGCUACAUAUCAAACUAUAUAGAGUCAGUCACAAAAGAGUCUUUACCAAGGUGUAAGAAAAUUGAUGUGUACAUUUGUGUAUGUAAAUUUUUGUAUAUUUUUAGGGCUGAAAACUGUGUGCUUCAUAUAUAUUUUCUUCAUUUUCUUUUUGUUCUUUUUCCCCACAGUGUAUUUAGAUUUUGAACUUAAAUGUUUUCUUUCUACUGCUUAAAGACUUUUGGGUUUAGCUUUUUCUUUUUUCACAUCAACACUUAAAAACUUGGCCAGAAUUUUCUUAAUUAGUGGACAUUUGUGUAAGUAGCAAGGCUUUUAUUUAUUUAUGUUUUUAUCCCUAAUAGUUUUUUUUGUGUGUCAUGGGAAGAAUAUUUAGACUGUUACCUGUAGUACUUUUCACCAACAAAACUGUAUAGCUCACUUUCCAGAGUGCUUCAGUCAUUACGUCAUUAAGGUGUAGCAAAACAUUAUCGUGUUCAAAUGUUGCAGCUACAUCAUAUGAGUCUAGUGGAUGAGUUAAACUUUUCCUCCAUUCUUACUAGGGUACAGGUGUUCCUAAAGCAUGUGCAGCUAUUGAUAAACAACCAGAUUAAACUUGUUAAAAAUAAUUAGUUGGUAGGUGCUUGUUCAUCUCUAACAUAAUGAGCUGAAUCCAUUAUGCAUGAUAUGUAAAGUGUUCAUGUUUUCUGGCAGCAAAGUAUAGUGACAGGACAGUCAAGGCCAACCUGUGCUUUAGUGACUAUCUUGGCCUCAUUGGUAAUGUGUCAGACUCAUGUAUAAUGUGUUUUGUCAGGGCUCAGUCCCCAGCAGUGGUUCUUCAUAACCAGUGCAUCUCACAAUCUUCACAUAAUUUUUUCAGUGUUUCCAAUGGAGACAAAAAUUAAAGAAAAAAAAGUAUUAUAUCGUAACUAAUUACGAACUUUUAAUAUCAUUAACUGAAGCUCCUUCACUGUCCUUCAUGUUAUUCACAGACUCAUCUACAUUUGUCAUGUGGUAGACCCUCCUGUCCAGUCAGUGAUGCUUAGUUUCUUCAGUAACUAGUUUCUUUGCAUCAUAUGCUGUCCAUUUACAUUUUUAUGCAUUCCAAGUCCCAUUCCUGCUGGUUUUUGUCCAACCCUUUCCCCCGAGUCACUGUAUCUUAAGCUUUCACGAUCACAGGGAAGUAUACAAAGAAAACUGAUUGUAAAGUUUCUAUGUUCUUACGCUAGGAUCUCAUUCUCACAGCUUUAUCUUAGUUAAUAUCUCUAAAACUACUGUGUUUCUUUUUACUCACCACUUGCUUCUCUUUUUUCAUAUUCCUUCUUCAUAACUGCUCUCUAGUGCCUUAGCCAUUUCAUGUUCAUUUUUAAUGUAGAUCUAAUAUGUUCAUCUUGCCAUCAUCUUUACUUAAAUUAUUAUUUGUAAUACUUAUUUUGUAUAAAGAUCCUCUGAAAAUUUAUUGCUGUUGUUAACAAAGUAUUCAAAACUGCUAUAAAAAUAAAGAAAUUGAUAAAGAGACAA